CAAGUUUGCACUCCUUACUACCAUGUCAUACGUACACAUGUCGUAUGCGGGAAUAACAAUGUGGACAUGAUUCGCUUUUUUCUAGACGAAUGCGUAAUUGGGCAUAACCAACUGAAUGCCAGUGGAAAUAGCCCCCUCAUGUGGGCCAUACAGAAUAAGCAUUGUGAAGCUGUAAAGGAAGUGCUACUUUUCGACUACCUUUUAUAUAGAAAAGAAUAUACCACAGUGAAAAGAAAAAAAACGAACUAUAUGAACAUAUGAAUGAAUUUUUUCGGGAGUAUUUUCUCUGACGAUCAUGAUGGCAGCUUGGGCAAUGGCAAUAGGAGAAACGUGGGGAAUCAAAUUCGCCUGUACAAGGAAGCCAACAAAAUCGACCUAUUGAAGAAAAACGAGUUAGAAAAGAGCAUUCUGUCGGAGGCCUUCAACGCCCAGGACGAAAAUAUUUUGCACCUCGUUCUGAGCCACCCCAUGUCGAGUGUGCUGGACGAGGAUGAUGGAUGCACGGUGAGUGGCAUUAGCGGCGGCACGAGUGCACCCACCAGUUGCUCAUCAACGAAAAACAAAAGUAAAAACGGGGAAAGCGAAGAAAAGGCCAUUAUACGGAUAAGAGAAAUUGGGCUAAACUAUUUUGGAAAUUCAUUUGAGGAUGGCAAAACAUCAGGACAAGCGGUCCAUUCGCAUAAUGACAUCAACGGGAUUAACAUUUGGAAGUGCUGAAUGGUGUUAGAAGUCGGUGCAGGAAGUGGACUAGCCAGUAUUUUGUUUUUCACAUAUGCUAACAUUUUUCGCAACGAACUAAUGAAGGACCAACGCUUUGGCCACCUAGAUUCAUCAAGGAGUAAAGUAAAAAUAUGCAAUGUCGAUUGGACCAAUGAAAAUACGUACCCAUGUGAAAAUAAGCAAAUUGUAACAUAUGACUAUAUUAUUGGGAGUGAUUUUAUAUACGAUAAAAAAAUAUUUCCAAAGAACAGGGAUGUGUCACAAGAAUUCUUUGAUGAAUUAAAAAACGGAAAUUACGACAUACAGUUGUUCACCCCCCCAAGUUACUACUUUAUCAGCCCCUUCCUCAACUUAAGUCAGAACCUGUAUGAGGCAAAGUUCUCCGAGUUUACGGACGCUUCCAAUAUUGUCAUGAUGCGCUUCCAAAAGUACUAA